CGCCGCCGGGCAGUUCGCCGCGCAGCCCGAGGCCUGCUGGCGCCGGGGCGGCCGCUUCCCCCGUCCCGUGCCACUCCGCCCUCAGGCGACCCGCCCCCGCCCGGGAGGAGGAGCCCGGGCGAGUGGGAGGAGGAGGGAGAGGUUGGCAAGAGGGAGUGAGGCCCGCGAGUGGAGGCGGUUCGUAUUACCGGGGUCGGGAGGAGGAGCUGUACCGGGCCCGCGGACCUGCGCACGGCGGGCUGGAGGCGCGUGGAGGCCGGGCCGCCGAGAGGCAGGCCGGAGGCCAGGGCUAGAGUCGGGGCAGGGGCGCAGCGGCCAGGCCGCUCCUCCUUUAGGCCCGGGAGCCGCCCGUCGCCCAGGGGCGGGCGCCGCGGGAAGUGGAGACAAGAGGCGCGGGUCCGCGCGGAGGCCUGGACGGCGUGGCCAGGUGAUGUGGGCCCCUGUGCUUUUCCAGAGGAAAGGAGCCCCCCGAGCAGCCGUGACCCCAAGCUGCCCCCGCGAGGCGUUUUGACAUCAGCCCCAGACAGGCUGGACUGCUCGGAGUCGGCCUGGCUCCGUUAAACGCACGAGAAUGCAGUGAUUUAAAGAAUUAGGCUCUCCCCGCGGGAGGGGCACUGUCUACGCUUGGGAACUCAGUCCUGAGAGAAAGGACAGAAUGAUGCUGUCCGAGCAAGCCCAAAAGUGGUUCCCAACCCACGUGCAGGUCACAGUGCUCCAAGCCAAAGAUCUGAAGCCAAAAGGCAAAAGUGGCACCAAUGACACAUACACUAUAAUCCAGCUGGGCAAGGAAAAAUACUCCACCUCUGUAGCUGAGAAAACCCUUGAGCCAGUCUGGAAGGAAGAGGCCUCCUUUGAGCUGCCUGGAUUGCUAAUGCAGGGGAAUCCAGAGAAAUACAUUCUUUUCCUUAUAGUUAUGCACAGAUCCCUGGUAGGUCUGGAUAAAUUUUUAGGGCAGGUGGCAAUCAAUCUCAAUGACAUCUUUGAGGACAAACAAAGAAGGAGAACAGAGUGGUUUAGAUUAGAAUCCAAACAAGGAAAAAGCAUCAAAAACAGGGGUGAGAUAAAGGUCAAUAUUCAGUUUAUGAGGAACAAUAUGACAGCAAGUAUGUUUGACUUAUCAAUGAAGGACAAAACAAGAUCUCCUUUUGCAAAAUUAAAAGAUAAAAUGAAAGGUAGAAAAAAUGAUGGAACAUUUUCCGAUACAUCUUCUGCAAUCAUUCCAAGUACUCACAUGCCUGAUGCCAAUACUGAAUUUUCAAGUGGUGAAAUACUGAUGAAAUCCAAACCAAAAAAGCCUUUUCUUUUGGGUCCUCAGAGACUCUCUUCUGCACAUUCAAUGUCGGAUUUAACUGGGUCCCACGCAUCUUCUGAGAAACUCAAGUCUGGCGCUGUAGGUCAAACACAUCUUCUUGGAUGCCGGAUAGAUUCCUUUGGAGCAGUUCCAGAAAGUGGAAGUCUCAAAUCUCCACACAGAAGAACAUUAAGCUUUGAUACUUCUAAAAUGAACCAACCUGACAGCAUUGUGGAUGAAGGCGAAUUGUCUUUUGGAAGACAAAAUGACCUAUUUACAAAUGUGACUGCUUCAUUACCCCAAAAAUUUGCAACACUGCCAAGAAAGAAAAAUCCAUUUGAAGAAAGCAGUGAAUCAUGGGAUAGUAGCAUGAAUUUGUUCUCAAAAUCAAUUGAAGUAAGAAAAGAAAAUAAAAGAGAGAAAAGGGAGAAAGUUAGCUUGUUUGAAAGAGUGACUGGGAAAAAAGAAAGCAGACGGUCUGAUAAACUUAACAAUGGGGGAUCUGAUAGCCCUUGUGACUUGAAAUCACCUAAUGCUUUUAGUGAAAAUCGGCAGGACUAUUUUGAUUAUGAGUCAACUAAUCCGUUUACAACAAAAUUCAGGGCUUCAAAUAUAAUGCCAUCUUCAAGGUCCAUUUUUGCUCAAGAGAACAAAAACUAUUUGAAUGGAGACUACAUAUUAAUAUCAAAACAGAAAGAUUCUUGAAAUUUUGUUUUUCAACAUCGUAACAAGCUUUGGCCUCUUCAAAACACAAGAAUUCAGUAACUACUGAUGAAUUUAUACAUUUAAAGUAUUUUCUCUUUAAUAUUGUAAUUAACAUACAUAAUUCUCUCAAGUGAUUUUGGCUUUACCAAAUCUUGUCCUUACUGGUCAACUCCUGUUAGUUUCUUACUAAGAAAAUGGUAUUUCUUUUAUACUUGGCCCUUAUUUCUGUGUACAUCAUUUUUCCAGGCCACUUGCCUUUACACCUAGAAUAUUUUCUGUUAAACAGUAUGACUUUACCACUCACAGGUAUUUUUUUUUAAAUAACAAUAAAGCUUUACCUUUUGAAACCCAGGUAGUGUUUCUGUAAUUCAAUUUUUGAUGUUAAUUUUGCCUUGUGAUCAGGGUGUCUUAACUAGCUGUUAGAGAUAUAAAAUAAAGCAGGUGAUUUGAUAAUGAAAUGAUUUUUCUUACAUGUAUUUGAUCCAUUUCAAAAAAUGUUGGAAUAAGGUCAUGAGUUUGAUCCCUGAUACAAAAAAAAAAAAAAAAAAAAAAUUUAGAAGCCCAGAUAUUUGACACAUGUCCUUCAACUUACAUUUUAAAGGUGAAUCAUUGCUCUGAUUGUUGUAUUGCUAUAAUAUGUAUUAUGUUACUAUACAGCUAUACAUAAAUAUUAAAAUAUUUAUUGUUUAUUGAACAUAUACCAAAGACAUUUGAUGAACUUAAUUUAGGCUUAGAAAUCUGAUAAUCAAGAGCUAAUAAUAUCACUUAAAUAGCAAUAACUUGCAUCACCUUGGCCUUCUUAGAGUAGAACAAUUCAGAUGAGUUUAUGGGCUAACAAAUGUAUCUGAAGUUCCACUACGGCUCAGAGUGGGGAUUUGAAGAUGUUAUUUGUAGAGUGCUAAAGUUCUAGCCAUACUAGCUAUGGACAAGAUAUGUUAAAAGUGACUUAGAGUCAACAUAGAAUGAAUUGUGUUGAACAGAAGUGUGUUGAGUUUGUUCUAGGAAAUGAGGAAAGAGCAAUUUAGUCUACUGGAAAGCAGGAAAUGCUUCUUCAAAGGAAGAUGCUGUUGGGCUUGAUUCUGACCACUGAGUAUGAUUUAAAAUGAGGAAGGAGUCAUUAGGUAACCCAUUUUAUUAAAUAGCAAGAAAACUCAUUUUAAAAGUGAUUAGAUACAUUGAAAGGAAUAGUUUAUAAAUAGUGACUAUGUACUAUUAUAUCAUUAGCCCUUUACUAGCAACUGAGUUAUUUCACCUUUUCUUUUCAAGUUGGUGUUAUGAGCUGUAUUCUGUGUCUGUCACUCCCUGCCUGGUAGGUUCAUGAGUAGACACGUUUGCUACUGUAGGCUACCAAGGAGCCAAUUAGCAGAGCCCUGCCGCAGCUCUACAUCGAGUGUAAUGAACUCUUUGUUAAGGAGCCUGAUAUGGGAAUGGGUGUUCAUGUUAAUCACGUUUUAUCAGAGGCGUACAGUGUUUUUAUUUCAACUUCAAAGAAAUUGCCCAAAAUUAUUGAAAAAGUCACACAAUAUAUUUGAUUCAGAGGUAUACUUGAUUUACUUCUUCCAAUGAAGUAAUUUACAAUGUAACAUAAAGUACUAAUACAGUAUUCUAAGGGAAGUAUAGGACAAGUUAUGAAGAGUUCAGAGUUAGGAGUCAGGUCUGAGUCUGUUAAAUAACUGCGUGACCUUGCUAAUUAAUCUUUCAAAGCCUUAUUUUUUUCCAACAGUAAAAUGGGAAUAGCAACCUUGGUGUAGAUGAGAUUAAAUAUAAGGUGCAUGUUGGACACAAUAUACUUGGAAAUGGUUGCUUUUGGUAUAUUCUUACUAUAUAGCAUCUAUGUAACAAUUGCUUUAAGUUAAAUAGAAUUUUUCCUAGCAACAAUAUAAAAAAAUCUUAAGAUUAGAAUUUGUUCAAGAAGAUUUUCAAGUUAUUACAGUAAGAAGAUAAAUGUUACUUUUUAAAGCUCCUAGAACAUUUCAGAGUCCCUUUGGGGAAAAGGGUGCUUGUUAGGAAAUUCACACAAGCGCUAGUGUUCUCUUCUACCCAGUACUUGAAGGUGGACUCUCAUUUCUUUGUCAUUAAAAAGUUCUCUUGUCUCUGUCUCUAUUUUUAAGAGUGUAAGAACUAUGCUGCUAAAUUUCUGGACUCAAGGUUUUUUUUUAAUAUUCCUGAAGUAAUAUUAAUUGUAUUUUUAAUGUUCUGUCAUACUGAUGUUAAAAAAAGUCCUCAAAUUUUGAACAUUAGGUAUUCUUGGAUUGUUAUCAAGUUGCUUUAUGGAAUGAUGUCCUUACACUUGCAGUAGGAUCUUACAUUGCCACCUCUACAGACCCGCUAUCUUUAGAUUAUAGAUGGUAUAUGUAGAGUCACAUUCUAAAAUAAAGGUGUUUGUUUUCCAACUUGAUAGUAAGGAGUUGACGUUUUUGGCCUUAGCUGUAAGAUUUUGCAUUGCCCUCCUUUCUCAAAUACGAAUGCUGUUGGUACUGUGAUACAAAGGAUGUAUAAGACAAAGUUUGUGUCUUUAAAACUAGAACAGUGAGUGCUUAGGGGGACUCUCCUAGAUCUAACCUGUCUAAAACUGUUAAAGGUUGGAGGUAAUACUGGAGAUGGGACCUUAUUACUGUGAAUUUAGCAUGCCAGAAUGGUUGAUUUGGACCUAAUUCCAUAAAAGUAUGAAGAAUUUGUAGCCUGUGAAUGCUGUGAUGGAAGACUAUUGUUUUACAACUCAGAACAGCAACUCUGCUGUUGUAUACUUGGUAAGAAGAGACACAUAGACUCCAGGAAUAGUAUCAGUAAGGCUGCGUUUCUUUGCAGUGAAAAGUAAUUUUAAUUAUACAACCUAUAGGAACAGGACAGUGGGGGAAAUUUUGUGACAUAAGAAACUUGCAGACACUAAAAUCCCCCGAAGCUACAGUCUUCAUUAAUGGGACUCUGUGCUUUAGCUGUUACUAAACAAUAUUAUUUUUCUUUUCAUGAGGAAACUUUUAGAAAAAACAGAGCUAUAUAAUAUAAUGUAUAAUGAUAUUUGGUAGGGUAAUUAUUCAUGUGUUUGCUGGGGGGUUAGAAGGUUUUUAAGUUAAACAGUAUAUUCUUUUCCAGAAGAAACAGAUUUCUAUAGCUCUGCUGAAACAAAUCCUUAAUUACUAAGAAUGUUUUAAGGCUGGCUUCUCAGCCCAGAGUGUUUAGGGGUGGAAAUCUCCCAGUCACCCCAGCAACUCUCCUUCAAAAAGGAAAUUUGCCUAAGAGAUUGUGGCUUGUGUUGAUCAAGGCAGAGGCCCUGAGAAAUGUGGCUGAUUUAGAUUUUCCUUCUCAGGCUCUGCAGAGGUAGUUGGGCGGGGAAUAUGGGUGCUCACUUUCUAAAUCCCUCUGCAGGGUUGUUCUUUAACAGCUGAGGCCUUCCUGGGACCAGAGCUUCCCUUCCAGAAUGUGGACUUGUCUCAAGCCCAGACAAAAAGAACCAGCCCGAUUAGGGUAUCAGUACAUGGCAUUGAGGCCCUCUGGCCAUUUUUUACCUAUCCGGAGGAGCCCAAGCAUGCCUGGCCUUGCUCUCAGGGAGAACUCACCUCUGCCCACCCUGUCCUUAAACCUUCCCCUCCCAGGCAUAGGCAGGUCAAAUUUGCUGGGUUGUCCUUGGUCUCAUAGUUAGGUAGAGAUUAUACAGUUCUGGCCCUGGCUGGUAUCUUGUUUUAGUCACUCCUUUUCACUUCUACUGUUUUGCUUUAGAAUGAAAAGGAUUUAAUUUUUUUUUAAAAGUUGACUAGUAGAUAAUGUGACAGAUGGUGGGCUGGGGUCUACUCAGAGGAAUGGGCUAAAUAUGACACGACUUCCCUGCAUGGCAAAAGAAUCCUUUUAUAUGGAAAGACACAUGAUUAUAUUAGGGAAUAAAACGCAAAAGUUCACUUGAAUUUUUAAGUUCAACUUCAGAUGUCAAAGAAAUGUUAUGCUUGUUGUUAGAUUUCUUCUCAUGUAUUAGGGGUACUAAAGAGAAAAAAGUUUGAGAAGCUUAGUUCUAAAGGAAUGGAAUUUGGGAUCCACAGGGUUAUGUUUAGAAAUCUGUGAAUUGCUUGGCUGUCUAUGUAAUAAUUAUUAUUCCUUUGCUUCACUAGGAGAAAUUUGUAAGUUAAACCUGAUUAAACAUUAUAUUUUGGAUGAAGAAUGCCUUUAUUUCAUAGGCAUCCUUAAAUCCCCAGUGUUAGAGCUUCCUCUGACAAUAUAUACAGUGUGUUCUUACUCAUUUUGGAAAAGAAGCCGGGUCUGAAUUGGCUGUCCAUAGUCUUUGGUGUCACUGACCACAAUUUUUAAUUGUCUUGCCUCUGAGAUCUCAUCAAAGAUAUCCUGUGAGAAUUUUAAUAAGUAAAUUACUGUUAAUCCCUGUAGACAUUUUUGUAUUAGUUCUGUUUUGUCAUCUGAUGUUUCAUGUGCAUGCCCAACCCCAGGAGAAAAGAUAGUAUUUUACUCUAUGAUAUCAUUUGAUUUGGUCCUGAGUUCUUUGCUUUACUGAAAGACAGACAGACACUGAGUUUCUCCAUGUUUUGUAAGCCUUGUUUAUAUGUGUAAAAAAUAAUUGAAGUGUACUCUUCUGAAUUUAAUUUCUUACUGUUUUUUGAAAUUCUGUAUUGUUUCUAUCCUAUUUUCUGUUUUGCUUUUUAAAAUAAAAAAUUUUUAAAAACGGAA